AUGGCGGUUGUGUCGCCUCUGGCCAAAUACAAGUUGGUGUUCCUCGGCGAUCAAUCCGUUGGCAAGACCAGUAUCAUCACUCGCUUCAUGUACGACAAGUUCGACUCUACUUACCAGGCUACAAUUGGUAUUGAUUUCCUGUCAAAAACCAUGUAUCUUGAAGAUCGAACAGUACGCUUGCAGCUUUGGGACACUGCCGGACAAGAGAGAUUUAGGAGUCUUAUUCCUAGCUACAUCAGGGAUUCUUCUGUUGCAGUGGUCGUAUAUGACAUCGCUAAUCGGCAAUCUUUUCUGAACACUUCAAGGUGGAUAGAAGAAGUACGGACAGAGAGAGGCAGUGAUGUCAUUAUUGUUCUUGUUGCCAAUAAAACUGAUCUUGUUGAUAAAAGGCAAGUGUCAAUUGAAGAAGGUGAUGGCAAGGCUCGUGAGUUUGGAGUCAUGUUCAUAGAAACCAGUGCAAAAGCAGGAUUUAAUAUUAAGCCCUUAUUCCGAAAGAUUGCUACUGCAUUGCCUGGAAUGGAAAGUCUUUCCUCCACAAAACAGGAAGACAUGGUCGAUGUGAACUUAAAGCCUACGGUAAAUACACCCAGGGCAGAGCAAGAAGGGGGAGGUUGUGCAUGCUAA